AUGACGGACACCAACACUGCCCGGACGAUCGUCGGAAUCAUCGGAAACGUGAUCGCCUUCGGCUUGUUUUCCGCUCCAAUACCAACGAUGGUGCAGAUAUGGAAGAUGAAAUCGGUGUCUGAGUUUAAGCCAGAUCCGUACGUAGCUACUGUUUUAAACUGCAUGAUGUGGACCUUCUACGGACUUCCUUUUGUCCAACCCGACAGUCUCCUCGUCAUCACCAUUAAUGGAGCUGGUCUCGUCAUGGAACUUGUUUACGUCAUCAUCUUCUUCAUCUUCGCAACGUCUCCUGUCCGUAAAAGGAUUACAAUAGCUAUGGCGAUUGAGGUGAUAUUUAUGGCUGUGGUGGUCUUCUGCACAUUAUAUUUUUUGCAUACAACAAAACAGAGAUCUAUGCUUGUUGGAAUCUUAUGCAUUAUAUUCAAUAUUAUCAUGUAUGCUUCUCCUUUAACCGUCAUGGCCCUUGUGAUAAAGACAAAGAGCGUGAAGUACAUGCCGUUCUUCCUGUCAUUAGCCAACUUUAUGAACGGCGCCAUUUGGAUCGUUUAUGCAUGUCUCAAAUUUGACCUCUAUAUUUUGAUCCCAAAUGCUCUUGGAUGCCUAUCAGGAACUAUACAAUUUAUAUUAUACGCAAUGUACUAUAAAACAACUAACUGGAAAGACGAUGAUGAAGAUAGAGAAAAACGCAAUUUGAGUGCUGAAAUUGAGCUUUCCCAAGCUUGA